UUGAAAAGGUCACUGCCAUAGAUCAUAAUAUAUCGUGCUGACUAUAGUAGUCUAGGUGUUUCCAGGAAUAUUAAUUUUUUUCUCUCAAGUGCAUCAAACUAUUUCGAUCAGAAUGAAUCCCAUUUUCCAGGUUCCCAUUUUCCUGAUUUUGACACUGACGUUCAUCAUAUGCCAAAAAGGAAGUGAUGAAGGAAGACCAUAUGAGUUCGGAUUUACCAUUGAAGGGCAGCAACAUAGACACGAAAAAAAAGAUGAGAAUGGCAUCAUCCAAGGAGAAUUUGGUUUCAUCACAGCUGAUGGAAUAUAUCAUGUGACUGUCUACGCCACUGAUGAGAAUGGAAAUUUCAAAAUUCUCAGUAUGAAGAAUAUAAGAAUAAGUGCACCACUCGAUGGAUCACCUGCUACUGGUCCUAUAUCUCCAGAAGCAAACAAAUACCUCAAGAAGUCAAACAAACCUGAAUCACCGAUGACACAACCAUCAUCACAACCUCAACCACAGCAAUACCAAAGACUAGAACAACAACCCAGACCACUAAUAACAGUAAUGGCAUCUACUCCAAAAUCACAAGCAGUAUUCACAACUAAGCCAACAGUGAAACCAGCAUGUGCAGGUUGUGGUUACGUCACAACUUCGAGAACGACUAUUACACCUGAUAUUGGUAGUAAAAGUUUCUCCACUAUUGUCGAAGGAGUUGUACCCCAAUCGGAUAAAGUUCCUUCACAAUACUCAAGUGGUGUUUCUGUACAAUAUCCGAGUAGUACAACUUCACAAAACGCGAAUGGAAUUUCUUCACAAUAUCCUAAUGUUGGAUCUCCACUAAAUUCAACUAGAGGAUAUCAAUCGCCAAUAAUUUUGAACCAAUCACCACCAGAUGUAGAGAUAUUGCCCCCUAAUUUUCAGCAUUCCAUCCAUGUUCCUGAUCCGAAUGAGCAUCUGAUGCCAAUCCAGGAUAAUAAAAAACAACAAGAGCCCGUCUAUGGAUAUCAAAAUGAUCAAAAUUCCUCGCUUCCAACAAUCAUUAGUGACAAGCAUAGUGGUGACUUGCUUGUACCUGGAAACAAUGGGCAGGUUUCUGGUCGUCCGACAGAUCAACUGGUCAGUCUCGGCAAUCAAACCAAUCAGAAGGAAUAUGUAGAUAUUCUGGCUAAUUUGCCUGAUACAGGAAUGAUUCCAAAUUUAGCAGGUCGAUCUGGUCAACUCAACGCGCCACCAGCAUCUACAGAAACCUCUAAACUACCUCCAAUAACUGUCUCAGAUAACUCUAUACACGUUGGUGGCACGCAUCCUCAGGAUAUACCCAUUCAAAACAAAUUUCCAGGAAUGGUGGAUGGGCUUCCGAACGGAGUGGAAGAAAAAGAUGUGACAAAUAUUCUUUAUAGGUUCAAAUACACUGUAGGUUUUCAUGGACAUUACGAGAAAGGACUCAAGGAUGGUACCAAGAUCGGAGGGUACUUCAUCAAUGGAAGAGAUGGUUUCAGCAGGGUGGUCACAUAUGUGGCUGAUGAGAAUGGGUAUAGGCCAAAGUUCAAAUUGAUCAACCUUGGUUUGGAUUCUGUGGAUACGCCUAAAGAGGAUACUGAGAAGACUUUUGGGCUCAAGAGUUUCGAAUUCAUUUGGUACCCGAUUGAAUAAUGUAUAUAAGAAUUAUGUAGAUAUAUGAC